GGAGAGCGGGCAGGGUUCCCACUCCGGGAGCGGAGACGGAGAACAGGUUAUGUGGGAGCCGGCGGGGGCAUUUGCCGGCGACACCCGAGCGGGGGCCGGAAGUGGGGCCGCAGCGCACCGCAGGAGCUCCGGGCUAGACCGUGGCGACGGCAGCGGCCCCUGGGCUGGAGGAGGAUGAUGAGGAGCGACGGAAGCGACGCGGGGGUACGCUGCUGCGCGGCGCCCGGUUUCGUGCCCGCGGCCGACUGCGCAGCCUGUCCGCGAGUCUGACUGUGCAGCUGGCAUGGUUUCUUAACUUCCCAAUGCUUAACAGAAGAGGAGAGAGAUUGAUCUCAAGAGUCGCUUGAACAUGACUGAGUAGAUCACAAGCUACUUGAGAGCAAGGGCUGUAUAGUAUACUAGGAUGCAUUGGAAUCUGAUGACCAUCUCUUCCGGAAGAGGCUGGGAAAUCAGCUAUAGGCCUGCUUCAGUGGUGCAUGCUGGAUUUCAUAGCUUCCCUGGGAGCCUGCAGUGAUAUUCUGAGGACUCAUUCCAUUCAUGGAUACUUACAGAGAGCUACAAUGGAAAAGCCCUGGAUGCUGUGGAACUUUGUUGAAAGAUGGCUAAUAGCCUUGGCUUCAUGGUCUUGGGCUCUCUGCCGUAUUUCUCUUUUGCCUUUAAUAGUGACUUUUCAUCUGCAUGGAGGCAUUAUCUUCCUUUUGUUAAUAUUCGUAUCAAUUGCAGGCAUUCUGUAUAAAUUCCAGGAUGUAUUGCUUUAUUUUCCAGAACAGCCAUCCUCUUCACGUCUUUAUGUUCCCAUGCCCACUGGCAUUCCACAUGAAAACAUCUUCAUCAGAACCAAAGAUGGAAUACGUCUGAAUCUUAUUUUGAUACGAUACACUGGAGACAAUUCACCCUAUUCCCCAACUAUAAUUUAUUUUCAUGGGAAUGCAGGCAACAUAGGUCACAGGUUGCCAAAUGCUUUACUUAUGUUGGUUAACCUCAAAGUUAACCUUUUGCUGGUUGAUUAUCGAGGAUAUGGAAAAAGUGAAGGAGAAGCAAGUGAAGAAGGACUCUACUUAGAUUCUGAAGCUGUGUUAGACUAUGUCAUGACUAGACCUGACCUUGAUAAAACAAAAAUUUUUCUUUUUGGUCGUUCCUUGGGUGGAGCAGUGGCUAUUCAUUUGGCUUCUGAAAAUUCACAUAGGAUUUCAGCCAUUAUGGUGGAGAACACAUUUUUAAGCAUACCACAUAUGGCCAGCACUUUAUUUUCAUUCUUUCCAAUGCGUUACCUUCCUUUAUGGUGCUACAAAAAUAAAUUUUUGUCCUACAGAAAAAUCUCUCAGUGUAGAAUGCCUUCUCUUUUCAUCUCUGGACUCUCAGAUCAAUUAAUUCCUCCAGUAAUGAUGAAACAACUUUAUGAACUCUCCCCAUCUCGGACUAAGAGAUUAGCCAUUUUUCCAGAUGGGACUCACAAUGAUACAUGGCAGUGCCAAGGCUAUUUCACUGCACUGGAACAGUUCAUCAAAGAAGUCGUAAAGAGCCAUUCUCCUGAAGAAAUGGCAAAAACUUCAUCAAAUGUAACAAUUAUAUAAUGUUUCCCUUUUUGAUUAUUGCGUUGUAUUUUGAUUUGUGCAGAAUGAUAAAGAAUGUUCCUUUUAGAAGUGUGUUAUGUCUGUACCUGUCUGAAGAGUGACAUUAAACUUUGAAAGGACUUCACUGCUCCUUUAUGAUAUUCCAAAUAGUUUUUUACAUUUGAAAAACUAAUUCUUGGGAUUAUUUCAUACAUUUUCAUCAAAACUUUCAAUGUGGUUAUGUAUUCAUAUCUUUAGUUUAAUAUGUCAGUAUAUUAGAUAUUGUUCAAAAGUUUCUUGUUGCUAAAGUGGUAUAAUCUGUUACACAGAUGAAUAGCUAGAUGUGGAAAGAGAUAUGUAAACAAGAAACCUUUGGGUAUUAUUUCUUAAGUAAAUAUUGGGACAAUCAUGGUAAGCAAACUUAGUUCUGUAACUGCAUUUUUCACCUUAAAAGUUAAAUGAAAUGCAUGAUGGUAUUUUAUUCCUUGAAUUAUGCAAUGCAACAUUUUACAUGUAAAUAGCACUGGUCAUAUACUGAUGUAUAUGGUUAUCUGGGUUACAUCUAUUUUUAUGUAAACUCUAUUUUGUUUUUGGCAAGAAGUGAAAUUGAGACCUGUGUGCAGGUCGCCAUUGAAUUUUGCUCUGGUGAAUGCUGAGAUCCAGCUUUUUCUUACAAAUAAAUGGGACCCUGUUUUCCAAUAUAAAUGUACCGUGUUUUUGUUAGGUACAGUCUGGAUCAUGGCAAGUAGAAAUAGAAAUUUAGAAUUUUACUGCAGCUUUGAUGUCCAUAUUUGAACUUUUUGACAUUUGUAAUUUUGGUGGCAAAGAGAAUUUUAGCUUCUAUCGAUUUUGUAAGUCUUCAGCUGAACAACUCAUAGCAGUCAUAGUGAAGAUUAGCACUAGUUAGAGUUAAAUGAGGAAGUCUUUUAUCUUUACAGGAUUGUACAUACUACUUUAUAAGAAUUCUCACAUUUGAUUUUAAGUCCCAGUACCUAGUUAUAUCUAUCCUAUCAAAGGCAAGAUACCAUUUAUUGAACUUCUUGAAAAUAAAAGUUACACAGUCCAACAACAACAACAACAAAAAACAAUGUUCUUGGUUUAAUGUUCCAGUUGCUGUGAAAUAGAACUCCUACAAUCAAAAGACCGUUUUAGGAAGUCUUAUUUAUUUAUUUAAAAAGUUUUACAUGUAGGAGUGUGGGAAUGAAGGAAUUCUGGAGCUUUUCGAUACAAAACCUAUUACCACAUGUAGCAGUUAAAUAGCUAUAGGUGGGAAGUAGGAUUUAGAUACGUAGAAAAGUAAGAAAAUCUUAGAAAAAAUCCCCUUACAACUUUCAGGAUUUACCUUAAUAAAAAUACAUGUUCUGAGUCAUAAUUGUGCCAAGUUGUUUCAUGCAGUCCUCAAAAAUUAGAUGUAAUUGAGCUUUGUGUGAUAUUAUGUCAGCUUUAACAUAUAAUAUUUUGAAUAUUUUAGCUGUAUUUAGUGGCUUUCUGCAAGCAACUAGAACAGAGAAAUAAUGGGUCAAUAAUGUUGACCUCAAUUUAAAACUUUCAAUGGAGAUAGGGCUAGAAAUACUUUUGCCAAAUAGCAUUCUUAUUCACUUUAUGCCAGUGUUUAGAAAAAAUAAAUUAUAGCAAGUAUGAUUUCUAAGAAUGUUUUUCUAUAAAUUAUUAAUUGUAAAAACUCUCGCUUUUUAAAACAAGUUGGUAAUGCAUAUCAUGGAAGGCGUAUUUUGUAUGUAUAAAUUUACCACAAUUAAAGGCUACUUUUCUUGUCAGUCCUUGCUAUGUAGAAUGACUAUUCUAAAUAUAAAUGUAUUAAAAAGAAAAUACAACAAAAUGUAUAUUUAGACAUGAGCUUACAUGGCAUACCUUAUAUUUGUAUCAUUCUUUAAAGUUUACAAAAAAACACCUUAUGUUUUUAUGUAAUCAGUCAUUACACUAUGGAGAAAUUUAUCAGCUUUAGUUCUAAAUGUGCUGAUGAGGUAUAAAAGCUAUUUCUUCAUCAGUAUUUUGCUUUUAUGCUGCUUUUUCUUUUUGAUACUCCAGGUUGAUAAACUAUCUUUUUAAAUUUUAAGCCAGGACUUCAAAAAUUAUAGAGUACUUGUUUGCCGUCCCCUACCUUCAUUCUCUUCGUAGGGUUAAGGAGCCUUUCUUUCUGCAGCUAAGGGCAGAGGCUGUGCCUAGGGCUGUACCACAAAUUUCUUCAAUAGCAUCUGUAUUUGAGACCGUUUCGUUAGAUGAGUAAGAGGUGGAAAACAAACUUAGUAUCAGGGUCCGUGAAGCCCAUGGCAUCAGUUUUGAAAAUAUUUCUAGUUUUGUAGCCAAAGCAAUUGGUCCUGGUAAAAUGAGACUUUUUCAGGAGUCACUCCUUCACUUUGGACCCAUAGCUUAGUGAAUGGAAGUAUAUGUACCUAUCUUGUGUAUUAACUUCUGUCUUAUUUAUGCAAGAGCAGCUAUAGGAGUUUACAAAAGAACUCUAAGUUACUAAGUUACUAUAAAUUUGGGGAUCCUAGAGUGAUCUUAAAUAUGGCAAGAUACAGCUCAUUUAGAAUAAAAUCUCACAUCCAUUAUUUUAAAGGGAAUGAUUGGGGGGAAAAAACUGGUGAAAAAAAUAUAAAAAAGGACCCUAAAAAGAAUUCUGCAAAAUAAGAGAAAAAAUAGUUUGUGACAGGUAAUAGAAUACUAGUGGGAUAGAAACAACUAGAAAGAAAAGUGUGACACAAUUUUUACAUUUAGAUAUAGAAAAUAAUGAGAUUGGUGAAAGGAAAUAGUGCAAAACAUUUGGACGCAAAGCAUUUCUAACAAAAAGUGGCUGUGGCACUUGACAUUGCAACUACACUGUUACUGCAAUGUUUUUGACUGUUAAAAUUGAUAUUUUCAUAAAAAUGGUGUUCUGAAUUUUGCUGCAGGGCUGCUGAAAUUUAUGAUUACCUGUAGACACUUGAUAAUUACAUAGAUUACAGCUUUGGUAAUAUGUCACUGGAGUAAUUAUGCUAUAAUAUCUGUUGAGAAUUCAUACCAUCUGAUGCUUACAUAUUUCUUAUAUUUGUAAGAUUUGGCUUGGUGGGAAUAGGUUUGGGGUAAUUAAAGAGUGAAAGCCGUAUUUCAUUUUUUAUAAAUUAUCUUUCAAGCUCAGAUAGCUUAAGAGCAGUUUAGAUUAAGGAGACCCUUUUCUCUUUGAGGAUAGGGAUAGGUAAGGUAAACUGUAAAAAGAAUGUCACAGAAGUCACUUUAAUUUAAGUCACGAUUGAGAUACUGAAAUCUUCCACUGAUUCUUCUCCUUUCCCUUUUUCCUAUUAUGUUUGAUAAUUAUAUAUAUUUUUAAAAACUGUGAGAGGAAAAAUUAGUCAUAAGUAACCCUUUUGGAUUAUCCACUUAAAUUUAUGUAUUUUCAUAUUACUCAGGUAAAGAUGGAAAUGACAGAGCACAGACAUUUAUUUUUUAAAUUGAUAGGGUAGAAAAUAAAAUGUACUUCUGUUUAUUCUUAAUACUAUAUAUAUAUAUAUAUAUACACACACAUCGUUUUAGCAAAUUGGAAAUAAUAUAUUCAUUUGUAUGGCAAGAGAAAUGCAGUCAUCUUAAUACUAGUCUACACAUUUUUGCCAAAUGGCACAAAUAUACCUCCAUUUAUAUUUUGUAUCUUAAAAUGUAGUUUAAACACAGGACUAUGUAUGAGACACUUUUUUACAAAAAGUGCCGUAUAUACAUAUAUAACAGGUGAGUGUGUGUUUACCAUAAUUUAUAAUGAUUUCUGUCAGUACAGCGUAUAUGGAAAAUUCAAGUUGUUUUUAACAUAUUCAAGUAUGUUCAGUAUAAAAUAAGUUAAUCCCAUUUCAUAAUGUAAAUCAUUUUUGUUAUUUGCCAUAUUUUAUUUGAAGUAAUAAAAUUUUAUAACUCAAAUUUGAAUGUCAUAGUACAUUGUGUGCUAACCAUGGCAAGCAAACAUUUACAUUUGUUUUUUACAAUAAAUUUCUUUUAAAAUAUACUUUCUAUUUUUCUGUACUGACAUAUGCAAUAAAUUGGUACAUUAAAAAUUUGAUUAAUGUCUUCA